UACUUAGAUUUUCUACACUUUUAACCCACACUUAUCCAAAAAUUACUAUUCAAGAUAUAGUUUUUUACAACUAAAGGCCACCAGCGAACGAGGGGCUUAGAUUUGCGUUUUCGUUGUUAGGUGUAAAUGAGGAAAUGCUGAUUUUGAGUAUGAGAUCUCCGGUAGAUGCUAUUCCUAUGCGUGGUUUUUUAAUUACUACUGUUGCAGCUGUUAUUUUUCAAGCCCUUGGAGCUGCUUCAGUUGUUGUGCCGAGUACCAGUUGUUACGUUCUUGACAAUUCCAGCUAUAUUCAUGAUUUUAGUAGCUGGAUUGGACAUCAUUUCGAGUACGAGGGAGAUCAGAGCGCUGAUUUGGCACUACGAUUUUGUAAAGAUGUGGAGGCUAGAUCGCAGAUGGGCUACGUCGAUUUUGGAAGAUUUGAUAGGUUCAAUUAUUUUGCCGCCAGUUCUGGACGUGCCAACUUUGUUCAAGAGUACUACAAUGGUGACCUGGUGAAAUGCGAGGAAAGUUUUGAUAAAUUGGGACGAACAUCUCAGGUUAAUAUCAUUUGUGGAGAUUGUUCGAAUGGGCAAUGUAAAGGUGGUGGAUGCAUUUGCAACGUAACAUAUGAAUCCACAUGCAGAGUGCUUGUCGAGCUUGCCAUGCAAUGCGAGAAGCCAGGUCUCCGAGUAUUUGAAGGCUUCACAGUUGGUUUCAAUCCACGGUCAUGGGAAAUCGUUUAUAAUGGCAUGACUCAAGUUGGAUAUGACAAGGCUUAUAAUGAAUUCAGUUUCACAACUGAGCAAAUGCAUGUAACUCUUUAUAUGACUGCAGUUGCUUCGCUUUCUGGUUUAGUACGAAAACCAACAAUCAAGAUUUCUCCGGAAAAAGGAUUGGAGGUAAAAUUGUCUGGCUCGGGAGCAAAUGGCAGCCCGCCAACAACUUUAUCACCCACGACGAUACUUGUGGAUUGGAGAUGUGAAAAAGCUCGUGAUAAUCCUUAUGAAGUUGAAUUUACUAUCCCGAUAGAAAAUUAUGAUCCAAUUCAGUUUACCCUUGCAAAAAAGUGUGAAUACAGGCAAAUUGAAGGCGGAGAAUCUACAAGAGGAUGGGCUAUAUUUGGGAUCCUAUCUUGUGUAUUCAUUGUCGGAUUUACACUGUUCUGCUGUGGAGGGUUUAUUUAUAAGACGCGAAUGGAAAGCCGGCAUGGGCUUGAUGCGCUUCCCGGAAUGUCAAUAAUAUCGGCAUGUCUUGAAACUGUGAGUGGAGGAGGGCACAACUAUGCACGAUCAGGGGAUGCUAAUAGUCCUUUUGUGAAUCAAGCAUCGUGGGAACGUCCACCAACUUCUUCGGCUCAAGGAUCAAAAAGAACAGGUGACAGAACGUAUGGGUCAAUUUGAUCUGAAUGUGCGUAUCUGACUGCUCUGCCCUAUUGCGUCUGCUGAAGAGAAGUAUCCACAACCAUUGCUAGUGAGAAACUUUAUCAUUUGAAAACGAAGUCAAGAAAAAGGGUGAUUGGAGGCUGCAUUUUGCAUAUGUUACAAUUCGUGUUUUGCUUCCAUUUCAUCGACAGCCCAAGUAGGUAUUUGUUUUUUAUUUUUUUAAUCGUGGCUGGUCAAUACUUUCAGACUCAGAACAUUAGCUUUCAAUGCUUUGUGCUCUUGUUGCAUGUUUGGUAUGUUUGACUGGAUAGUAAUGAACAUAAUUAAGGAAUAUCGAGUCCAGUCUAUUCUAGUAGGGUAUGUAGACUUGUAUUUCUCAGUCUCACAUUGUGCAUUUCUCAUUUCUCUCAUACUAAAUAUGAAUGAUGGUUGGCCCA